CACCCAAAGCAAUGCUUCUGGGGAAUGUGUCAGGACCUCUUCUGCUAAUGCGGGAAAUCUUUUUGGUGCAGCAUCUUGACAACACUCUGAACCACAGUGAGAGUGAAUGAAGCAUGCUGUGUGACAAUGUUGACACAUCCAAUUGAAGAGACAGCUCUCUAACAUCAAACACAUGAACAGGGAUCGAAAAAUGAAUGUUUUUUGCCGGCAAUCCUUCAAUUUGGCAACAGUUAUCUUUCUGUUGCUAACAACAGCAGCACUAUCAGCACACUUCCGGGUUUGCGAGCCAUAUGCAGAUGGCAAGGGGCGCUAUCACUUCGGGUUCCACUGUCCACGUCUGUCCGACAGCAAAAGCUACAUGUUCUGCUGUUACCACAACAGCUCAACCUUCAAGUACUGCUGCAACGAGACGGAAUUUCAGGCUGUCAUGCAGAUGAACAUGACAGGACAGACAGAAGGCUACAUGCAUAAUAACUACAGUGCACUAGUUGGAGUUUGGAUUUAUGGCUUUUUUGUCUUAAUCCUGCUUGUACUGGACCUUCUCUACUAUUCUGCCAUGAACUAUGAGAUCUGCCAAUUUUACUUGUCCAAGUGGGGAAUCCGGGGUAGUUGGCUGAAGCAAGCAGAGAGCCAGUUGAACAGCCCAGCUGAGGAACAGGCUGAGGCUCAGUCAUCACAGGCAAUGCAGACAAUCAAGACAGGUGUUCAGAGCCCAGCACUGAUGUCUUUUCAAAGUUCAAGUGCAUGAUGCAGACUCAUGCCUGGAUAUGAAAAGGAAAAGCAUUGAAGUGCAGCAAGCAGAUCAUCUCAGUGACACAUCUGUGGAGUGAAGUAGCUGAUAGAAACCAUAGUGCUUGAUCUGGGUCCUGACGAAUACAGAUACUUACAGCGAACUGAACCAGCAAGCAGUGCGAGCGAGUGCCUGGCACCUGAGCGCAAUGUUGGGAAACGUGUUUACUCAAUCUGAAUGUGACUUGUAAGCAAUAUACUAUAUGUAGAACAAACACAGUUAACCGUGUGCACUCAGAAUAUUUAGCCGUUACCUGCUCCUUACUGUUCCAUGAGAAUGCACAAAGUUGCCCUUCUGUGUCUUCUUGGGCACAUAAUUUAUUAAACCAAGCUGGGAGUGUUCUUGAGCAUGGAAACAUAUAUUUGAAGGGGGAGGGGGGCAGGAGAAAGGGGGCAUAAACAAUUGUUUAAACCACAAUUCUGUUUGGUUGAUGCCAUGCAAGCACUGUAACCUUGCAUCCACUCCUAAACACCUUAAUAAUAAAAACAAUGAAACUUUCACCUAAACACCUUAAUAAUAAAAACAAUUAAGUCUUCACUCCCUUCCUCCUUUGCUGUCACCAUUGCUUCGUUUCCUGAAUGUAAAACAAUAAUUGUUUGUUUCCAGUCUGUCAGAUCUUCUCCAGAGUUCACUGACUGCCUCAAAUUGGCCACCAGUGAGUCAUAAGUCUCUUCCCAUGUCUAUCUUGGUACUCUGAGGUAUUGUUCAUCUGUUUUACUUGAUAUAUUGCUUUCAGCCCCUGGAGCCCAUCUGGAACCUUAAUUUUGCAAACGUCCCAGAGCUCGCACGAUGUUAAUAAAACUGGAUGUUUAUAGGUGAAAUGCAAUCUUGGGAGUGGAUUGGUGAGGCUCAGAUGAUCAACAUACAACAAAAGAGAGCCAUCCAAUGCCCUGUGUCAUUAUGUCUAGAAAACAUUGUGCAGAGAUCCUGACAGAAAGACCAGAAUUAACUUUGUGCAGUCUCUCAAAUGGGAACAAUUGGAUAAAUGGUUUGACAGCUCGUCGUAUCUGUCGUGCAGUCUAUGUGACGUAGUUGAGCUUUCUGCAGUACAUACCAGAUUUACAACACCCUGUGAUGUGGGCAACACUGUGUAGUUUUCAUAAAGUAUUUUGGUCAUAUCGACCAUGAAUGUACAAAUACGCAGUAACAGUACAGUGUUAGGCGUAAGAACUGAGUUCUAUUAGAUAAUGCUGGUCUAACAUGUCACAGUGUAUUGUAUCGUAUAUAACGUAUACCAGCAACAUCAUAUGUCACAAUAUGGAACCUGUCAGUGCCAGAAGAAGAAAUGUCUUGAGGUUAUUUAUUUCAGGUUUUUAUUGAACAUUUACACAAAUCAAACAUAGCUAUUUAGUGAGCAAAAUGACAGUCCUGUUAAUACUCAAUGUGUUUAACCAGAAUCUAUACUUAACAAGUGGAAUUGACUGUUGGUUUGUUCCAUCCUCAUUGCCCGGAAACAUACACAAGUUUACAAUUCAAGAUGUCAUCUAGUGAGGGACCCAACAGUGAGGGGGUCUCUAAUGAGGGCGCCUGAUGCUGGUUUCAGCAAAUAUAUCCACAGCAACUCAAGUGCCACCAUUUUGAGAGUAUAUUUUUGUUUGGAGCAAGAACACCUAUGCUUGAUCCUCCUUUCUCCUGCGAUGCCCAUUGUACACAGUAUUUUAUCCCUCAGCCCCCUCCCCCACCCCCCCGGCCCAGCAUAAAUACCCUUUUCCUGCUGUAACACAACCACUUGCUGGAAAUUAUCUUAGCCAUUCUACUGCAAAUUGCAGAGUGUAGCAGAUUUCCUCUUCAGCACUGAAU